AUGGCAGAUGCCAGUAAAAACAGGCGUGUAGUUAUUGCCAUGGAUGGAAGCGAUCAUGCAAAUUAUGCGUUUGGAUAUUUUGUGGAGAAUAUCCAUCGACCAUCAGAUGAAGUAAUAUUAAUUUACUGUGCUGAUAUCUCCAUUGUAGUUCAGUCACAGAGGUUACAAUAUUGGGGAUUCACGUCAUUUUCCUCUAAACCUCAAAGAGUUCGUUGUCGUUGUCCAAAAUAUGCUCUCCGUGCUGAUAAAGGUAAAAUAGAAAAAAUGAUCUCAGAUCAACAGAAAAGCAUGGAAGAUAUUACAGAAGAUCUCAAUUUAAAAAUACAGAAAUCGGGGAUAAAUGGAAGAAUAACCCGUGUAAUGGAUAAUGAUAUAGGCCAUGCUAUAGUUAAACAAGCUGAAAAAGAAGGUGCAUCAUUAAUAGUUACUGGUACAAGAGGAAGAAGUAAACUUAGAAGAACAUUUCUAGGUGGUGUUAGUGAAUAUAUCGUCAACCAUGCGUCUAUGCCUGUUCUUACGUGUAGAUACGUUCCGCAAAAAUAAACUUCGAAGUCGGAAAAUAUUUUAGAAAUGACAUGGUUUUAUUGAUGUACAAAGUUCAUCAUUUGUGUGUGGACAAUGUUUCGAUGGUCAUCGCUAUAGGACACUUGAAACUUGGAUUGAAAUUCCAAUGGAUUCGUACAUAAUCCACACUGACCGGUUGUUCGGAAUGAACAAUUAGCGCUAGGCCUACCUCAAACGAGGCACCUACACAUAGGGACAACAAUUGGAAAGUUUCUUGGUAAGUUUUCGAUACAAACCAUGUCUUCAAACAUUGUGAAUUGUGUCUCAAAGUCCGUUAUCAUCAAACCAGUUAAAGUAAUCGAUAGGCCAAUCGAUAGUCUUUUAUUAACUUACUAAUCAAUAAAAACAUUACUAUUCCACGUUCAAAAUACGACGCCUGAUUCCAAAAAGACACUGACGACAGUCCCUUGAGUUUUCUAUUUAAUAUUCAUUAAUAUCGUUAAUCUUUGCUGUCAAUUUGUGACAAUAAAUAUUUAUCAUUGUG